GGAACCUUAGUCUUAAAAUCACAAAAGUAUCGUACACGUUCAUUUGAAUUCUAUAUUGAUAAUUGUAACUUCAACAUAGUCUCUGAAUUCUGAAAUGAUCUAUAUUUGAACGCUGUUUGUAGAACAGGGCGUGACAGUCUCGCAAAAAUACGAUAAUAAUCCUGUAACUUUCUUUUACUUUCGGUUUGAACGUGCUCAUUCGACUCGAGCUGCGCUGAGGUCUGUGUCCGGAAGUAAUCUAUCAUAGAAGUUUUCUACUUCUACGACGAUUAUAUUGAAGUGGACUUUAAAUAACUUUAAUCAGACUUUGUGAAAACUCCUCCAGACAGGUGGGUAUCACUGAGAGACAUCAUUUAAUCAAACUUGUUCUACUUCCUGAUUCAUACAGUGAUCAACAGCUCACAGAGUUAUACUACAACUACAGCUCUCUGAAGGUGUUUCUCCUUUUUAUGGAAUGGAUUUCCAGAAGCUCCUGUUAGAUGUGGGGAAGGCCCUGGGUACGGACGAGGUAAAAGCUCUAAUAUUUCUUUGCACCGACAUCCUGGACCGAAAUCCAACCUCUGUGAAGUCAGCCAAUGACCUCUUCUCUCGUCUGGCGGAACGAGACCAUCUCUCGCAUGAGCGACGAGACCUGCUGACUGAGCUUCUGCGCACCAUACAACGCCUCGACCUAGUCAGUGCCUUCAAUCUCAACGACAGAGAACCUACAACCACUAGCCUCAUCUCUCCCUACAGGAAGCUGCUCUACAACCUGUACGAGGAGAUGACUCGAGAGGACUUGGAAGAAGUGAAGUUUUUGUUGUACAAAACGGUCCCACGUAGAAAACUGGAGGACAAUUAUUCGUUGCUGGACGUCUUCCUGAAGAUGGAGCACAUGGACAUCCUGAGUGACACUAACCUAAGUGAACUGGAGACGAUCAUUUACUCAGUCUGUCCCAAGAUGAGAGGACAGAUCAACCAGUUCAAGACACAGCAGGAAGCCCUCCAGUCAUCUACCCAGUAUUCCGUUGAUUCUUCCAGCACUGUUCUGAAUUCUUCAGAAUCACACUUAAGCAGUGAAAUGAGCAGCCUUUCCUUCUCAGAACAUUGUUUGAACAGUGAUACUGUUUCGGCGUCUCAAGAAAGCAGGAGCCUCCCUGAAAAUCAGACAUCUACAAACAGUGAGGAUUUGGGCAUCUAUCCCAUGACUGAAGCAAAGAGAGGUAUCUGCUUGAUUAUCAACAACCACGUCUUCCAUGAGACCAGUCUCAAGCCUCGUGAUGGCACCAUGAUUGAUGAAGAGUGUCUGAGGGAUGUGUUUAAGUGGCUGGGCUUUGACGUCGAGGUACAUCUCAACUGUACACGUGAGAAGAUGCUGUCUUUGUUGUGGGAUCUUGGCAGGAGAGACCACAGGCAGAUGUCCUGCGUGGCGUGCUUUGUUCUCAGCCACGGCCUGGAGGGAGGAGUGCACGGUGUCGACAACAAAAUUGUUAAGAUCAACGACCUGAUGGAGCCUUUGAAUGCACGUAACUGCCCGACUUUGGCCCAAAAACCCAAACUUUUCUUCAUCCAGGCUUGCCAGGGCAAAAAAGAGCAGAGUGCAGUGUACAUCGAGGCCGAUGGCCCCGCAACCAGUCUCAUCUGUACUGAUGCUGUUAGAGACUCCUUUCCAGUAGAUGCGGAUUUCCUGAUAUCGAUGGCCACCGUUCCUUCCUUUGUUUCCUACAGAGAUAAGCAGAGGGGCACCUGGUUUAUUCAGUCAUUGUGCAAGUACCUCAUCCAGAUGGUGCCAAGUGGCUUUGACCUCUUGUCCAUCCUGACCAAAGUGAAUGACGAUGUGAGCCAGAAGACCGAUUCCACUGGUGAAAAAAAGCAAAUGCCUCAGCCAGCCUUCUCGUUCAGGAAGAGGGUAGUCUUCCCGGUGCCCGAGGCUCCUUCCCCCAGGCUGCCCUCUGUUUGAUCGACUCACCUCAAAUGAUUCCUUACAGACUAAAGAGAGUCUCUUCCAAAUGUGUUCAUAUUUCAUUAUAACUCCUGACCCAUCUUCUAUUUGUUAAUGAGGACAAUGAUGUAGUAAACAGUCUAACUGGUUGUUUCUACACUCAAGUACCAGCCCCUCCUUCAUGUAUUUUUUUUCCAUUUGUUGUAGUGUAUCUAUGAAUUGAUUGUGCACAUCAUUGCUGGAGUAAUUCAACAUAUCGCUUUAAGCCUUUUUUAAAUUUUACUAUCAUUUUAUUUUACAUGAACAUUUAAAUUACACAUCAUAAAUCCAUGAGAUAUUUAAUGCAGCUUAAACAGAAAUUUUCCACUGAGACAGUCAAACAAUACUUUUUAUGCGCAGUCAUUUGAACAUCCAUUCAUUCUGUGUGUUUAUAUUAAACUGAGACUCUUCAAA